AUGCAUGAACAUAAAACACCAUCUAAAAGUACCAUAAGCCCUGUCAUGUUUAAGAGGUUCGAUAUGAAUAGAUUUCCUGCUUCUCAUAAGAAAGAAGAAGUUGUUUAUUUGAAAACCGAGUCUAAAUCUCCUAUCAAUUUUGAAAAUUUACAAUCAGAUUACUAUUAAUCCCCUAAUCAUUAGCUCAAAGAGGCUCCAACAUCAAAAAUUCUUCCAUAAAUCUUAUUAUCAAGGGCGCAAACUUAAAUUAAUUCUAGAAAGCAAACUUCACAUGAAGGAUCAAGUGCAAAUGUGAAUUAGACAUUUCAUACUAAAUAAGAAAAAUAGCAGCAGUAAAAAAUCAAUUUAAAUAAUCCUUAUCAAGUUACGAAUCAUCCAUCUAUCCUUCACACUCCACUCCAGUCAUCUUCUGGUACAGGAAUAAUUGCUCAUAGUACUAUUCAUAAAAAAGAACAAAGUCUUAAUAGUAAUUAAGCUCACAAUAUGACCUUCCAAGAAAAUAAGUUGAUGAAUCAAUCUUUCCAAAAUGAUUUGAGUCCUAAGAUGCAGCAUAGUGAUUUAUUUUCUUAAAAUAGUAAGUAAAUCAAGAGUUAGUAAGAAUAUAUGAAGGAUAGUAAGACUUUGUACAAAUAGUAGAUAGAAAAAUUCAAAUUACUAGAAGAGGAAUUAAAGCAUAUGAAUAGUGCUGUCAAGGAGAGUCGUAAGCCUAAGUUUAAUAAUCAAUAGAAUAUUUUCUUAUAAACCUUAAUAAAGAGUAAUAGAAAGUAGAUGCCUGCUUUACUCGAUAUAAAGCAGAGGUAGUGA